AUGACAACGGUUCAGCAGCUACCUCGGGUGCCCACGCCGGUUCGUCCGCGCGGUGUGAACGGAGCUGCUGCGCCGGAUGUUGAGAUGAACCUGGAACACCGGGCAAAGUCCCCGGCAGCAAAUGGCACCCAGACGGGCAGUGGUCUGCGAAGGGGUGACACGCGUACCGCAGUGGUCGUCUAUGGGCCUGGUCAGGAGACGAUCGUGUCUGUGUUCGCCGACAUUCUGGGAAAACAAUACCGGCUAGCCGAUAGCUUCCAGGGGGUGACUUCGGCAGAGCAGGAAGUGGUGCUGGGAAUCUCAGUAGGCAACGCCGGCAUCGACAUCUCCUCCCGCAAUCGAGAUGCCAUGGUCACCAUAAACGCCCACUGCGUCAAUCUCGGAAUGCCCCCGGAUACGCACCUAUCUGCGAAUUGCGACUACGAGUUCUUGUAUAGCGAGGCGCCCUUCAUUCGUCGAGAUCUGGCUCGGUUUAUCUCGUUCGUGCUUGGGCAGAUCAACCACCAUGCGGCACUCAUGUCAAAACCACGAACAUACUUCAUUUCAACUACGUUUCCCGACGUCCGGGCAGCCCUGCCUAAUAUAGACAUACUCACAGUCGGCUCCGACGCCGUCGAGUUACGCGUUGACCUCCUCAGGGAGCCUUUGAGCGAUGGCACUUUCGCGCAGAUACCGAGUUUAAGUUACGUUGGCGAGCAGGUUAUGCUGCUUCGACAGAGGACCGAAUUACCCAUUAUAUUCACGACACGGUGCACAAGAGAGAAUGGCCGGUUCCCUAUGGACAUCCCCGACAUAUACUAUGAAUACUUGUACAGGGCGAUUCAAUGGGGUGUCGAGUAUAUUGACGUCGAGGUUUGGCUGCCGGAACGCAUACGCCAGAAGCUCUACGAAAAACGUGGCAACAGCCACAUCAUGUCUGCUUUCCACGACUUCUCUGGCACGUUCAGAUGGCCUUCAGUUCAAGCGCAGUCGAUUUUCCUCGAGUCCCGCAAAUAUUCCGACAUAGUCAAGAUGAUAGCGAUCAUCAACGACCAUAACGAGAACUUCGAGUUGGAGUAUUUUCGUUCAAAGAUCAGAAGCGAAUAUCCCAACUCGCCACCGCUAUCGGCGGUCAACAUGGGUGAGACUGGCCAGUUUUCGAGAACACUGAAUAAGGUGUUCACGCCUAUCACGCAUCCACUCCUUCCCAUCAUUGCUGCGCCGGGCCAGAUGAGCGCUGCUGAGAUCAAUGCUGCGUUGUCCUUGCUGGGACAGCUUCCGAAAAAGAGCAUAUAUGGCAUCAACACUCCUUACUCCCGCAUUGGAACCCCGCAUGCACCUUUCUAUGAGAAAUGCUUCAACGAACUCGGCCUGCCGCAUCAGUUCGCCGUGGUUGAGAGACAGCUGAGAGGUUCAGGGUGCGUGGAAGCUUUCUGCAACCAGAGGUCAUUUGGAGGAGCAUACCUGAACCCCCCAGUGUCCUUUUCAAGCUUGAUGCACAACAGUCCCUUCUUCUCAAAACUCAACGGUGGUUCAGGUCCUACGCUCACCGAGGCAGCCCGUAUGAUUGGCAUGGUCGACACCAUCGUGGUGGAAGCGGGUUCCGCGUCCGCGCCGACAUCAGCCCCUUCAUCAAUACCUUCGAGUCCAGGCCGGCGUACCGACUCGCCCUUCGGCUCUGCUUCGCGUUCGGCUUAUGGAUUGUCAGCCAAUUCAUCACUCAUAUUCGACAACGCGAGUUGGCGUGGUAUCCUCAGCACCUUAACGCGCGAUCUUGCACCAUCCGCUUACUUCGGUCGUACUGCUGUUGUCUUGGCCUCGAAUUCUGAUGACGCGGCGUCCACCAUGUAUGCGUUGAAAGCGCUCCGCGUAGGAAAGGUGUACACGGUGGGCUUCAAGACACCCCUCGUACUAGCCCGAGGCCUCGCAGUCGAGCCCUUCAACAGCAUGGAGAGUCUCCAGCGAGCCAGGAUGGUAGGUGACGAGUCAAGCCCGUUCGUCAUCGUCUCUGCGCUCGCACCGGAGAAGUCGAACAUCGUUGGCAUGCUGGUGCGCGUCUUCGGUGGCUCAAGGGGCUCGGCAUCACAGAUCCGCAAGGUCUUCUUGGAUCUGGCGGAUGGUCCACGGAAAGGCGAUCCGGGUGCUGUUGCGGAACAGAGCGGCUACGCAGCAUAUGGCGUGGCGGACACGACGGCUUUCACCACCGUCGAGACGUUGAGGUUGCUGGUCGGCCAGAACGUGCCGUACAGCUUUGUGCGUCUCGCGGGCGGACAGGGAAUGUUCUAG